AUUUGUGUAAAUUUAUCUACAAAAACGCAAAGUUAUGCAAUUGUUGCGCUUCACGUUAAUUUAAAAAUGUUGCUAUUUGCUUAAACAUGUUAUGCAAAUUACUUUUUACAAAAACGAUAUUUAAUUUUGAUUUAUUAACAUAACUAAUGCCUGCUGUUAAAUAAGUUAAUAAACAGAAAUAGGUGUGUUGUAAAAUAUUCCGAACCUAUAAAUCACAUUUUUUAGUAUAAAGAUAGAGAAGCUGAUCCGAACCUGGAAACUGUUAAAAAAAACAAAGCAAGACAAACUUUAUCAGAGAUUGAAAAAAGGAGGAGCUUUUUAACUCAGAUGAAAAGUAUCUUUUGGAUUGCACCUGAGCUUGAUACUCUGGUUGCAAUCAUUAAAGCUGAUAGGAAACAAAAGGAUCAAGACAAGACUGAAGAUAUUGCAUUUUUAUUAGACCAAUUAGGAGAUAGAAAAACUAGAAUAGGUGGGAUCGAUACAAGGUACCUUUACUCUGUAAACAGGAGUUUAUCCAAAAUUAAAAGGAAAUCAAAUUUGCAUGAAACCAUGUCAGAGAGUGAAUUCAGCUCAAAUGGAUCGGAGAAAGAUGAAGGUAAUGAUGAUUUUUCAUACCCAGAUCCAGAGUUAAAGAAAAAAGUCAAAAAAACUAAUACUGUUAUGCUUCCAAAAGAUAUUCUCAAGAGAACUGCUGAUACUGCUGUUGGGGAAGGAAUAAGUCAUAAGCAGCAUGCUUCCAUGAUUAAUAGUAUAAUCGCUAAAUUGGGUGGAAAUGUAGCUGAAUUUAAAUCUUCGACCUCUACAGCGUUACGCGCUGCAGAUAAGGUCAUUCAUGAUGAAUCAAAGAGGAUCAAGGAUGAUUUAAGAAGUUUAAGAAAAAUCAAUAAGAACAUUUUAGUUCAACUCCAUUUUGAUGGAAAAGUAUGUCAUGAAUAUACUGAUGGGAAAAAAUUGGAACAAGAUCGAUUAGCAAUAUUAAUAAACGCUAACAAGGAAACGCACCUGUUAGGAAUUCCACCCAUUUCUUCUGGAACUGGUGAAAAUCAAAAAAAUGCAAUCAGAGAUAUCUUAAAUAGCUUUAACCUUACAGACAAUAUACAAGCUGUAACAUUUGAUACCAACAGAAUCAACGCUGGAAAAAAAAAUGGAGCUGUAUCUUUACUGGUAAAUGAAGUCUUUCAACGAUCAGUUCUAUCUAUUGCAUGCCGACAUCAUGUCAAUGAGCUACACAUAACACAUUUUUGGAAAAAUUAUCAAAGUAGCAUUACUUCUGGACCAGAUAAUCUGCUGUUUAAAACUUUAAAAUCAGCAUGGAAUGAUCUUGACGCAGACAACCAGGUUUUGAGAAGAUUGACUAUUCCAGAGGAAACAUGGCUUGGUCAUCAAAAGCAUGAAAGCAUAACGUUCUGCAGAAAUAUUAUCACCAGUGGGUCUCUAAAAAAGGAUGGGGCUACAAGGAAGGACUACAUUGAGCUGGCAGAGCUUACACUUAUGGUGCUUUCUGAGGACAGGUAUCUACUACCUAAAACUCCAACUUAUGAUGGAUGCUAUACCUAGUCUGGAAAAAUGGCUGAAGCAUGAAAUUACUGAAGUGGCAACUUUUGUCUCUGUUUUCUAUACUACCUGGUUUCUCAAAGCUGAACUAUCCGCUGCUGCUCCGAAUCAGGUAGGU